AUGUUAGCAGCGCCGUUUAAUAAGCUGAUGCAGUUCACAGACGCGUUCUUAGUAGACCCUCUUAGCAGCGUGUUCGGCCAGCUGGCAGGAAGGCUGACCUCCGUGAUCAGCAAUGCCCGACCGUGGCCCCUGACCCGGGGCCGGAAGAUGGACCUCCGAAAGCAGCCGCAGCAGUCUGGCGAGAAGCUGCAUUUUCAGAUAGGCCAGCACUUUUGCCCCUCCGGCCACCCCCUCCACCAGGGCAGGUGGGAUGCGGGGUCCGAGAUCAGCACGGCCCCCAGAAACCCACCCAACCCUCCUCUGACCUGGUCAGGGCUGUGGUUGAAAGCGCGGGUUGAUUGUGAGUCUGGACGCCAGUCCGUGUCGCAGACCAGAGGGUCCGGGAACCCCCAGGAGGAGCGCUCACUGGGAGCUUUCUCAGCCCGCUCCCCGCCCCGCCUUCGGACCGGUCUCGGCUCUGCACUCUGA